UUAGGAAACCACCCUGUGCUUUAUAAAGAGAUCGCAGUUCUUACCAGUAAAGGUUCUGGAGUUGGAAUAAGAGGUCGGCUUACCGGACCCCUCCGUCGAGUUUUAUUUAGGGUAGUUGGAGUGAGUGCAAGGAGAACAUUUUGUUUUCAGAUGCCACAUUUGAGGGCGAGCUAGGAAAACGGCAGGAAUGGCAGACAUACGCAAGAAACUCGUCGUGGUGGGUGACGGCGCAUGUGGGAAGACAUGUCUGCUGAUUGUGUUCAGCAAAGACGAAUUCCCCGAGGUGUAUGUUCCCACUGUGUUUGAGACAUAUGUGGCAGAUAUUGAAGUGGACAACAAGCAAGUCCAGCUGGCUUUGUGGGACACAGCUGGACAGGAGGACUACGACCGGCUGCGCCCUCUCUCCUACCCGGACACCGAUGUCAUUCUGAUGUGUUUCUCCGUGGACAGCCCGGACUCGUUGGAAAACAUCCCUGAAAAGUGGGUGCCUGAAGUUAAACAUUUUUGUCCCAAUGUGCCAAUUAUAUUAGUGGCCAACAAAAAAGAUCUGCGCAACGACGAGAACGUAAAGAACGAGCUGUCCCGAUUGAAGCUCGAGCCAGUGAAGGCAGAGGAUGGCCGGGGCAUGGCCAUGCGCAUUGGCGCAUAUGACUAUUUGGAGUGCUCUGCCAAAACCAAAGAGGGGAUCUGGGAGGUAUUUGAGACUGCAACACGAGCAGCCUUACAAAAACGAACGACACCCUCCAAAAGUUGUCUAAAAUGCUGUGUUUUGAUGUGAAUCGACCUUUUCUGGAGAGCCACAACACGCAGACGAGACGUUUCUCCCACUGGGAGCGGUGUCUGAACAUGUAGGGGAAGUGAUCAUGGUUGGGACACUCCCUUGUAAACAGACGACCCAGACUGAACCAAAACUAAUGACUGCAAACAAGCUGUUUUGAGCACACUUGAUCAUCAUAUAUGUGUGUGUGUGUGUGUGUGUGUGUGUGUGUGUGUGUGUGUGUGUGUGAAAUGCACUGGUUACAGCAUGUUCUUUGUGGGUCACAUGGUGCCAGUCUGACAGGUGGAGGGGUAAAAAAGGACAAAGGCUUCAUUUUAGUUGAAGUGAUAUGUGCCCACUUCUACUGUGGACAUGGCCUUUGUAAAGGAUUGCUUUCAAGCCAAGAUAUAAAAUACUCACUUUUUGUGUUUCUAAGUGUUUGCAGAGGCCACUGCCUCACUGCCAAGGCAAGGUUAGCUUCUGUGAUAAGCAAAGUAGAAUAAAGAAAUUGCACUCAUUAUUUAUGUCCACUUUUUAUAGUUAAGUGAUAACGUUUGGGAAAUUGCACAGCACAUAGCACUAGUUAUUCAGACACAGUAUUAUACAAUUUUGAAACAAAGUCAGGUUGAAAUCACAUUUAUUUAAUCCGCUUUGUUAGUUUGAACCACAUCCAAGAAGUAUGUUUUUGACUCCACAAUAGUUGUUUAUUUGUUUGUCUGUGCAACAGGACACAGGUCCAAGAAACUAAACAUUCAGCCAGGCUUGUAAAGGGCUUAACAUAUUGUCUUGUGCUGUUUUGCAAGUUUUUAGGGUGAUGUUUUUUCACAGUUAAGUGCACAAACAGGAAAAUCUUAUUUAUUAGGUUUUUAAGCAUGCUGUCACCCUAAAAUGUACUCUUACCGCUGGCUGUAGUGGGAGAAAACAAAUGCUUCUUGACUAAUCACCAUCACCAGUAAUGAAAGAAAAUGUAACGUGUGAAUGGUGUAUCCAGUUAAGGACAAGGAAAUACUUGUUUUUAAAAAAAAAAAACAAUUCCCACAGCUCAUUUGGACAAAAUCAUUUAGAGCACAUGUAGUGUCCCUCAGUAACCUCUGAAAUCCAGGAAUGCUUGACAUUUUCUUUGUAACUUAUUUCAGUAUGGUUCAUAUUUUUCAAAUAGAAGGUUGAGCUUGUGAAAGGAUCAAGCAUGUGAGUGUUUUCUCAGUGAAACACAUUUUCUAAGAAAGUGUAAUGAAAAGAAGAGUGGGUUCUUGUCAGAGCUCUGUGAGCCAGCAUUCACUCAUAUAUGGGAUAAAGCCAUCUGAUGGCACGGUAUGAUUUCAAUGGAAGAGUAUCAUGUGAUUUUUAAAACGCCCCCUUUUUAAAAACAAACUCAAACAAAAGGCUUUGAAACACUGGACAAAAUCAAAAUGAAAUAGGGAUUUUUGAUGAAACUGUAAAAACUUUGUUUACUGUAGUAAAACUGAAUUGUGAUUGGUUAAGAGACAAAACUUCACCCAAUGUCUUCCAUUAUGACUGUGAAUGUACCUCAAAUUUUGUCUUUUUUUUUUUUUUUUUUUUGAAGCUUUCAAGCUCGCUACCGCAAUCAAUGUAUUCUAGCAUAUUUUUCAUACUUGUGUAAUAAAUUCAGCCCUUGUUUGAUCUGUUUCUCCUCUAAAGUGUUAGUCCUUUACUCAAUGGUGGAGAUUAUCACUUAAAUGACAGCUAUGAACAUCGAUUACAGGGAUUGUUGCUACACUGGGAAUCCAGGGUAAAACCCUAGUAAGUUCACUAUGCAAGUUAUUCUUUGGGUGAAAACACGAAGAUAAAGAAAUUCCCAUCAAACAUCAUUUUAUUUUUGUCCAGUAAGGUACUAUUAGUAAAGAGACAUCUGAGUUUAAAAGGCUAUCCUGUAUCAAUACAGUUAGAGUUACAUCGGUGUAAAAGUCACAUUCCUCCCUGACUGCUGUUGCUGGGCUUUUUGCUGACUUACUGCACAGGAAUGCAUUGUGCUGGACUGGUUAACUUUCCCACACUGGCCCCCCUAAUGUGCCUCUGAUUUUCAAUGUAAUGAUUCACUGAUCAGAAAGCACUGUUUUUAUAUCAUUCUUGACUUGGAAACAGAGAAGGGAAACAAUGGCCAGUGUGUCAAAUGCAGACCCCAUUAAUGCAAUGACUUAAUCUGAAUUUUGACGGGUAGAUGGGAGCAAUGGGAAUAUUUGUGAGGAAAACCAAUACAGAAUGUAAGGGAACAAGUGGUACUUUUUUUGGGGGGGGGAGUCAAUAAAGAAUCAAUGUGUGCAACCACCUCAACUUUUUCCUUCUUUGCCCUCAUUUUCUCAAAAUAAAGAUAAAAACUUAA